AUGCGAAAAUACGGCCUGAAAUUUGGAGCUCUUAACUUUUUAUUAAAAAAAUGUAAUGACCACUCCUCAUCUCGUUCCAGGCCCGGCCGCCCGCCAAAAAGAGCCCCGGUCGGACUAAGUUUGGCAGCGUCGCAUCUGCAGCACCACCAACUCAAAAAACAACGCUUGGACAAUGGCGACUACCCCUACGAAAACGGACAUAUGGGUGUUGUAAAUAUUCGAGUAGGAAUGAAAGCGAGUCAUAAAGCAAUGCUAGUCGAUGAUAGCUCGUCGAUAAUUAGACAGCCUGAACGAUUUCUGGUAAUGAAGGUGGCAGACCGUAGGUCAAUGGUGUGCCGCAGGGAGCCUGAUGCUCCCCGUGGCGAACAGCAUCGCAAUCGUAACUGGAGUAACGUCUGUUUCAACAUACGGGACUGGAUCAAGCGAAAAGAUAAGGAGCGAUAA